GGGCAGUUUCCGUUAGGCGCUGAAGGCUGCGGAGCGCGACUGUUCCCGGUCCCACGUGAAGCGCUACGCGACCAUCGCUCGGCGGGGCUACUCCUCGCUGGCAGCGGAGCGUCCCGGAAGCAGCAGGGAAGCGGAAGUGGCCUGUGGCGGCUCCAAAGCCAGUCCCGGAGCCUGGUGUGAGGCGCCUCUUAUCGCAGUGACGGCGCCAUGUCCCUGAUCUGCUCCAUCUCUAAUGAAGUGCCCGAGCAUCCAUGUGUGUCCCCUGUCUCCAAUCAUGUCUACGAGCGACGGCUCAUUGAGAAGUACAUUGCAGAGAAUGGCACAGACCCCAUCAACAACCAGCCUCUGUCUGAGGAACAGCUCAUCGACAUCAAAGUUGCUCACCCAAUCCGGCCGAAGCCUCCCUCUGCCACCAGCAUCCCAGCCAUUCUGAAAGCUCUGCAAGAUGAGUGGGAUGCGGUCAUGCUGCACAGCUUCACUCUGCGCCAGCAGCUGCAGACCACCCGCCAGGAGCUGUCCCACGCUCUGUACCAGCACGAUGCCGCCUGCCGUGUCAUUGCCCGUCUCACCAAGGAGGUCACUGCUGCCCGAGAAGCGCUGGCCACCCUGAAACCGCAGGCAGGCCUCAUCGUGCCCCAGGCUGUGCCGAGCUCACAGCCAAGCGUCGUGGGUGCCGGUGAGCCAAUGGAUUUGGGCGAGCUGGUGGGAAUGACUCCGGAAAUUAUCCAGAAGCUUCAAGACAAGGCCACGGUGCUUACCACGGAGCGUAAGAAGAGAGGGAAGACUGUGCCUGAGGAGCUGGUGAAGCCAGAAGAGCUGAGCAAGUACCGGCAGGUGGCAUCCCACGUGGGAUUGCACAGUGCCAGCAUUCCAGGGAUCCUUGCCCUGGACCUCUGCCCCUCCGACACCAACAAGAUCCUCACUGGUGGGGCGGAUAAAAAUGUGGUCGUCUUUGACAAGAGUUCCGAGCAAAUCUUGGCCACCCUCAAGGGCCAUACCAAGAAAGUCACCAGUGUGGUGUUUCACCCAUCCCAGGACCUGGUGUUUUCUGCCUCCCCAGAUGCCACUAUCAGGAUUUGGUCAGUCCCGAACGCCUCUUGUGUCCAGGUUGUUCGGGCCCAUGAAAGUGCUGUGACAGGCCUCAGCCUUCAUGCCACUGGUGACUAUCUCCUGAGCUCCUCCGACGACCAGUACUGGGCCUUCUCUGACAUCCAGACGGGACGUGUGCUCACCAAGGUGACAGAUGAGACUUCUGGCUGCUCUCUUACCUGUGCACAGUUCCACCCUGAUGGACUCAUCUUUGGAACAGGAACCAUGGAUUCUCAGAUCAAGAUUUGGGACUUGAAGGAGCGCACCAAUGUGGCCAACUUCCCUGGCCACUCAGGCCCCAUCACUAGCAUUGCCUUCUCUGAGAAUGGCUACUACCUGGCAACAGCAGCUGAUGACUCCUCCGUCAAGCUCUGGGAUUUGCGCAAGCUGAAAAACUUCAAGACGUUGCAGCUGGACAACAACUUUGAGGUGAAGUCACUAAUCUUUGACCAGAGCGGCACCUACCUGGCCCUCGGGGGCACAGAUGUCCAGAUCUAUAUCUGCAAACAGUGGACCGAGAUUCUUCACUUUACAGAACAUAGCGGCCUGACCACAGGAGUGGCCUUUGGCCACCAUGCCAAGUUCAUCGCUUCAACAGGCAUGGACAGGAGCCUCAAAUUCUACAGUCUGUAGGCCCAGUGCCUCCUGCCACAUCUGGGCUGCAUCUCAGUAGUGGGGUAGAGUUAGGGUUUGGGGUUGGGGGGGAGAGACUACUACGGGGAGGGGGAUCUAUGGGGCGGGACAUUCAUAUCAUUUCACUCUGGUCUGAGUGGUGGCCUGAGAGCCACGGUGGCACAGGCCACCCUAAGCCAUGUGACCUCCAGGCCCCACGGGAACGGACGUGGACAGAACUGUCACCCUCUGUAGGCUCGGUUGGAGCAGAAAGUGUUUCCCCAUGGCACUCGUUGAGUUGGGGGUGCUGGCUGUCCGACACCCACUUUUUUCCAGUUCCUGCGAGAUGGGAGGGGGUGCUCCAGGAGAACUGUGAAGGGGUGGCAUGAGGGUGCGUGCAGGGUUUUGUAAGCAGUGAUCUAGUUUCAUUAAAAAAAGAACACAAUAAA